CUGAAUUCGGCUUCUAAGACUUUCGCUGAUAUCACUAGAAUGAAGAUUAUUUGUGCAGGACUACCAAAAACGGGUACCAAAUCUAUAGCAGCAGCUUUAAGGAUACUUGGUUUUACGGUACAUGACUUCGAAGAACAUCUUGAAUACCAUAUGGAUCAAUACAUUGAAGCCAUGCAUGGACGAAUACCUGACUUUAAAGCUAUGUACAGCAAUGUUGACGCGACUACAGAUAUUCAUUCCUGCUUCUUUUGGAAAGAGAUAAAAACUAGCUUCCCCAACUCUAAAGUCAUACUAAUGGAACGAGACAGUGUUGAUUUGUGGGUUAAGAGUAUUCAACACACACAAAUACUUUUUGAACAAACAUUCGUGUCACUACUUUGGAUGCGAUUAGGGUUUGUAAUUACACCUACAGGUCGAAAAUGGAAGGAGUUUAGUCGACAGUUCGUCAAAAGAAUGGAAUUUUUUAAUGAGCAAAAGCUUCCUACCCUGUACAAUGAGCACAACGCUCGAGUCAAAAAUGAGAUCCCGCGGGACGACCUUCUCAUCUACAACAUCAAACAGGGAUGGGAACCUUUGUGUGAGUUCUUGGAUUUGGAGGUCCCGGAUGUACAAUUCCCUUGUAUCAAUGUCAAAAGUGCCAAAAUACCGGUUAUAAUGAAGAACUCGGCGGUCAGUAACAGAAUUUUUUACGAACUUAUUUGCAUUUCAGUGAUUCUGACUGUGCUCGUUUCGGUUUUGAUUGUCAUGAUUUUUAAGUGAUUUUUAAAAGAAAUGAUGUCAAAAGAGUGUUUAUAUAUUGUCACUAAUAAGAGAGGAUAGAACUGGAGUGUCAAAAACAUUUACCCCCUAACCCCUUGCGCACAAUACUUUUGGAACAUUAAAAAGAAGACACAUUGGGUGACGUAAGGUAAAUAUUAGUUGGGCUAGCCCUUUUUGUCAAUCUAUCUAUGUGUCUGCUGAAAGCUAGAGGCUAUAGGCUGCACAAAAAUCCCAAUAAAAACCCACCGAAGACAUCUCUUAGAAACUCCACUAAAUAUUAAUUGCAAAAAAGCAUCCAUGACAUUCGCUCACUCGUAAGAGAUCUUUUCAA